AAUAGUCGUUGAAUGUACUUCUGAAAUUUAUUGACACUGAUUUUAAAACUUCACAAAUAGGUGUACUUUGGAAACGAUGGCAGCAUUUCAUUCGCUGUUCGUUGUGUGCCUCGGAGUUGCAGUCCUAGGGCGCGUGGCGGAGGGCGUGGUGGGCGGCACCCCCCUGGAGCCUGGGCAGUGGCCGUUCCUAGUGUCCCUCCACUUCAAGCCGGACCACCCGUUCACCAACAAGACUCGUCAGAGACACCUGUGUACAGGCACCCUCAUCAGACCGCAGUGGGUACUCACCGCGGGACAUUGCUUCGAUGGAGAAGAAUGGGACGGGCUGCAAAAGAAGAGCAACUGGAUCGUCAUGAUCGGCGAACACAACCAGUACAAGAACGAGGGGACGGAACAACGGAUGAGGAUACGGAAAGUCUUCCGGCACCAGAACUACACAGCCCGCCCUCUCCUGCGAGAUCUGACCCUCCUGAAGCUGAAACGUCCGGCCGUCCUCUCCACCCACGUCCAACCCAUCGCUCUGGACACGGAGGGGAGGUGCUCAGAGGUUGGGGCCAAUGUGUCGGUGGCUGGCUGGGGCCAGAUAGCAUACAGGCCCCUCGGAUGGAGCAUGUACAUUCCUCUGAGGGUGAACAUCACAGUCAUUGAGCAGGACCGGUGUAGUAGGGGAUAUGCUGCCGUACCAGAUGAUGACCCGGACAAAGCUUUCUACGCCCCAGAGGAAGACUCUGUCAUCUGUGCUGGCAGCCCCUCGGGAGGCCGGGAUGCUUGUUUGGGUGAUUCUGGUGGACCACUGGCGUGUUACUAUGACAACGAGUGGCACGAGGGAGCUGUCGUCUCUACUGGCUACAACUGUGGCAAAGCGGAAUACCCAGGGCUGUACACGAAGCUCAGUUCGUACCUCGACUGGAUCGAAAACACCAUAGCCAGACAUUAGGACCAUGUUCUACUGAGCCAAAUGUGCCGUUUAAAGGGGAGCUGGGCCCUUGAAAACUGGCAGUCCAAGCAGGUGGGAUUCAAGUCCCACCAACUAAGUAUCAAAUAUUUGAUAUAGAUUAAUCUAGCAGUUGAUUAUCCAACUUACGCAGUGACACAUGCUAAUCAACACUAUUUCAAUAUCGUUAUUUCUCCAUAAGGGGGCACGGUUGGCCCAGUCGUCUAAGGCGCCACUAUUCGCUGUUCAGAGUUGCGUCCCUUGGGCACGCCAGAAACCUUUCAUUGUGGGUUCGAAUCCCGGUUCGCCCAGAUUAUGUUUCUAGGUUACGUGCUCGUGGCUUUCACCGAAGUGGUAAACGUCUGAGACCUGCAUCACUUCGGGCUGACACGCCGUGAUAUAACUGGACUACUGUUAAAAGCGGCGUUAACCCCAACUUACUCACUAUUUCUUCAUAAACCACCAAUGAUGGUACAAGAACUGAUAUUGCUUAAAAAUAUUUUUUCGCAAGAAACAUUUAGUUCAAUUAUCUUAUAAUGACAAGAGGUAAAUGCAGGUAACUUAUUCAAUGUGUUGAAUAAAAUUAUAAUAAACGUUUAAAGUGUCAGGGCAACAUACUAGGGAUAUCAUUGAUUUUCAGUAAAUUAAACUAACUUCAUCAAAACUUGCUGGGGAACCACAAGUCCUUUCUUCUUCAGUAAUGUUUCUCAAACUGCCUGAUAUAAUUUGUCUUGAACGUAUUCGAUUUGAGAUUGCUUGGAUUUGGCCCAGUCGUCUAAGGCGCCGCGAUUCGCUGUACAGAGUUGCGUCCCUUGGGCACCUAUGAUUGUGGGUUCGAUUCCCGGUUCGCCCCGAUUAUGUUUCUAGGUUUGUCAGCACCAUACCCGUG